UCGAAUCACUUCCAUUCUUUGGCCGAUUGAAUCGCGUGAGCUGUACCUCGAAAAAAGGAGUGUGGAUAGGAAAAUAUAGAAUUAUUCAUAGUUUAUUUGAAAUGGACGAACUUGCGGUUGAAGUAUGCGGUGACAAUGGUGCCCACUAUAAGGGUAUUGUCACCGAUGUCUUCGAUGAUGGAGUCAUGGUUGAGUUCGAAAAUGAUUGGCAAGAGGCGUCAAAGUUCCACUUCAAUCAAGUACGAUUACCACCAAGCGAAAACUACGAGGGUUUCGUCGAGCGUAUGGAGGUCGAAGUAUUUUCUCGCUCACAUGAGAAUGAAGCUUGUGGUUGGUGGCGAGCGGUUAUAAAGAUGAUGAAAGGAGAGUUUCUCGUCGUCGAAUAUCUAGGCUGGGACCACAGUUAUACAGAAAUUGUGAACACUGAUCGGAUCCGAGCGAUUAAUCCGAGUCCAACAAUCAACGAGAAAACCUUCCAUCGAUUUGAGAUUGAGGUACCAGAAGAGGUGCGAGAAUACGCUAAGAUUGAUGGUGUUCAUAAAGAGUUUCAGAAAACUAUUCAAGCUGCUGUUUGUCGAUACAUACCAGAACGCGGGGUUCUACGUGUCAUCUCUCGAUCUGAGUCCACGCAGCGACGAGCAACGAUGAUUCAAGAGAUGCAUUUCCGUAAUUUAAAUCAAAAAGUGGUACUGCUAAAACGAACUGAAGAAGCUGCUAGACAAUUAGAGUCGACGAAAUUGCAAAGCUCUGGAGGGCAAUAUAAUAACAAUCAGAGAAUAUCUGCCUUUAUGGGACAAUGUAUGAGUGAAAGAUUUACCGAUGAAUUUAAAGUUCGAGAAGAUUUGAUGGGCCUCGCUAUUGGUGCACAUGGUGGUAAUAUUCAAACCGCUCGAAAACUGGAUGGUGUGUUAAACAUCGAACUGGAAGAAAACACUUGUACCUUCAAAAUUUCCGGAGAGUCCAGUGAAGCAGUAAAAAAAGCACGAGCGAUGCUUGAAUACAGCGAGGAAUCCUUACAAGUACCUCGAAACUUGGUUGGAAAGGUUAUUGGAAAAAAUGGACGUAUUAUUCAAGAAAUUGUGGAUAAAAGCGGUGUUGUGCGUGUGAAGAUUGAAGGUGACAAUGAACCUCAGCCUAGCAUACCGAGAGAAGAAGGACAAGUUCCAUUUGUUUUUGUAGGCACUGUUGAAUCUAUAGCCAAUGCCAAAGUUUUGCUGGAGUAUCAUUUAGUGCAUUUGAAAGAAGUAGAGCAAUUACGCCAAGAAAAACUUGAAAUCGAUCAGCAAUUACGUGCUAUUCAAGGAUCAAGUAUUGGUUCUAUGCAAAGUUUCUCAAUGAAUCGACGUUUGGAUCGGUCUUAUAACAAUGAUGGCGACGGAUCUCGUUUAAACCGCGGGGGAAUGCGUGGGCGCGGUGGGCGAGGAGUUCGUGGUGGCAGUCAACGGUACUCCGCUCGUCGUAAUACAGAAAACGAGGAUGAUUAUGGAUCUAGAGCUGAUAAAGAACCCAGAAGCGGCAAUAGUAACUAUAUGGACGCUCGCAACAAUCGAACUACCAGGGUACAAAGUGAAAAAAGAGGUGGUUCCACAGUUGUAGCAAGUAGUAGUGGUACAUCCGGUGGUACCGAUCAAGCCCGAACUGUUACCAGCAAUGGUAAUGCGGUUAUGGGUGGAGGUGUUGCAAUCCCCAAUACCGGUAUUGGCAAUAGUGGCAAAAGAAACGAACGAAACAAAACGCAAUCCCAGGCACGGCAACAUCCGCAAAUAGCCUCAUCACUAACACUACAACCAGCGACCGAACAAACUGCUCCGGUAGUUCCGGAAGAGAGUCCGAAUACACGACAACCAUCUCAAAGAAAUGAAAUUGAGCAGGAGUGGACAGAUUGCUGGAUCGAUGGUUAUGAACGAAGUAAUGCAGAACAUGGUAAAUCACAGAGCAAUUCAUCCAAUGAUGGUACGCACCAGCGUAGCAGACGACGAUCCAAAAAUUCAACUUUGAAAGCAAACAGAAAUGCGCAAAACGAUAAUGUUAAACAGAGUAACUCCAGUAACAAUAGUGUCAACGUAGCUAUACUUGGCAAUCAACAAAACUCUAUCAACAAGCCACAAACAGUGACGCAGCAACAUUCGCAACACUCACAAGGUGCUGGUGCGCAGCCGAAUUUGAAAAAUUUAAACGCCUCACAGUCUAAUGGCAUCAGUGGGAAUAUAACUACAGUUAAUGCUACUAUCGGAAAUACGUCCGGUUCAGGGCCGAAAGUACAGCGAGAUUCCAACUCACGUCAUCGAGGCAGCCGUGGUGGUGUUGGGGUCGGUAGUAAACACAAGCAAACACAGCAACAACACCAGCAUCAGUCAAACCAACAUUCAUCAUCGCAAAACCAACAGCAGAAUACUGAAAAUACUUCAACAUCGAGUAAAGAGAAUGUCGUUACUGGAGGAAGCACCGUACCCGUACCGCCAUCAAAUUUGGUGACCGUAAACAGCGCAAAGGACGUGCUGUUAAACGGAGCUUCCUAGUAACCAUGGUAAUAUGUCGAUGGUGUAACAGUUGUAAGCAACUGUUCGGAAACCACAUUUUGCCUCCGUUUUCAUAAAGUUUACCGAAGAAAUAGAGGCUCUACAUGGAUAACUCCCAUUUGCAUCUGUAGAACGUAUAAAAGACUAAAAAAUAUUAAGAAAAAAAAACGUUCUAAAUGAUACAACGGUUAGAUUGAUUCGGAAAAAGUCUAAUUUAACUGUAGAGAAAAAACUCUUUCGCAAUAAUAAGUAACUUGUAAAUUCAAAUGUGUGUAAACGUGAGACAUUUUUCAAUUAGUUGCUCAAUAUUUCCUUACUUGAACUUUGAACAAUGAAGGUAUUGUUUGGUGAAUACGAAAUUAAUAGUUCUUAUUAUUUAUACGGUAGAACAAAGACUUAAUGGUCGAAAGCCGCGGUUAAGUUAUUUUGAAAAUAAUCUUUAUGAAUUAUCAUUUUGUCGUUCCGCACGUUUCGCGAAUUCACCUACGAAAUUUAAUCAUUUUUUCUGCAUCUAUUUGUGCAAGUCAUUCAGUAAACAAUAUGCUGUCAUAUAUUUGUAACUCAUCGUUACUUAAGCAAAACAAAGGCGAACUUUAAAUGAAACAUCUAUAUAAUGCAAUUGAACUGUCAUUGAUUUUGAUCAUAAAUUUGUAGAGCAGAAUGGCCGCGUUUUUGUCGCUUUAUGAUAGUUUUUGCCGCCGGACGCUGUGUUCUGAACUUGUAUUGCUUGUCUGAAAUUAAAUUUUUUUCCUUGUCAUAAUUUUUCUUCAAUAAACAUGUUCUGGUUAGAGAAAUCGGUAUAACAAUAUGUUGUGAAUGGAUAUUAACAUUCUUUUCCAAUGCCUAUGGUUUAUCCAUUGAUCGGUCUAAAACAGUCUUCUUCGCGAGAGGUCCGACGGGAGAGGAGGUAGCGAAGCCGGUCUUCAAACGGUUGGAGUGGGAAGCAAAUCCCAUCCAGGUCGUCUCCCCAUACGCAGGACUGACUAUCCAAAUAUCUGUAAAAUAUAGUAAAAGAAGCCAAAAUGGCAGACCGAAACCUCUCGAGGUUGAAAUGCUAAACAAAGAGAGGUAUAAAACAGUCUUCUCAUAUUAGCCGCAUGCAACAAAAGGGACUGUGUUCGUUAGCGCUCUAUCAAAUAUUUAAUGGACUUGUCUAACUUUGAGUUUUAACAAACUAUGACUUGCCCGCUAUUGAAUUUUUACUAUCUUUAAAUCAAUUAUCUUUUGUACGAAAAAUAGUAUUAAGACGACUGAUGAAUGUGCAGCAAACAAAUAAAGUUACAUUUGGAUUAAGCGGAAUAAAAUAACACACACUGUUUUCCUCGGUGAUGAUUUUUUUUAUGAA